UACGUUAGCGUCGGGCACUGGCGUAUUGAAGUGAACCUGAACCGGCGUAGACUUAGAAAGCUCCAGUGAACUUAAGGAUGGCGGGCACUGGUUUGGUGGCCGGGGAGGUUGUGGUGGAUGCGCUGCCGUAUUUUGAUCAGGGUUACGAAGCGCCUGGUGUUCGCGAAGCGGCUGCGGCGUUGGUGGAGGAGGAAACUCGUAGAUACCGACCUACGAAGAACUAUCUAAGCUACCUGACGGCCCCAGAUUAUUCUGCUUUUGAGACAGACAUAAUGAGAAAUGAAUUUGAAAGACUGGCUGCUCGACAACCAAUUGAAUUGCUCAGUAUGAAACGAUAUGAACUUCCAGCCCCUUCCUCCGGUCAGAAAAAUGACAUCACUGCAUGGCAAGAGUGCGUAAACAAUUCUAUGGCGCAGUUAGAGCAUCAGGCAGUCCGAAUUGAGAAUUUGGAACUAAUGUCCCAGCAUGGAUGCAAUGCCUGGAAAGUGUAUAAUGAAAAUCUAGUUCAUAUGAUUGAGCACGCACAGAAAGAGCUUCAGAAGUUAAGGAAACAUAUUCAAGACUUAAACUGGCAACGAAAGAACAUGCAACUCACAGCUGGAUCUAAAUUAAGAGAAAUGGAGUCAACCUGGGUAUCCCUGGUCAGUAAGAAUUAUGAGAUUGAAAGGACUAUUGUACAAUUAGAAAAUGAGCUCUUUCAAAUGAAGCAGCAACACGGAGAGGCAAACAAAGAAAACAUACGGCAGGACUUCUGAAGUAGACUGGCUUGGUGGGUAGAGUGGAAGGUACGUUGGGCUUUCACAGAACAUCAAGCAUCUUAACUAUGAAGAACAUCAGCAUCUUUUGGAAGCCAUCAGUGGUUAUAUGUUUAGAAACCGUAAAAUGUGGAUAGUUGUAUUCUGUUUGUACAUUUUAGCAAAAUAAAAAACUUCAACAUG